AUGCUUCAAUUUGGCGCGAACCCACAUGACCGCCGGUUCUGGCCUCGGAGUCAGUCUCCUUCACCUCAGUUCACCAUGACCACACUACCAGAAAUAACCGAUCUCUUCGCCAGGCUCGCUUCCCGCCUCAAAUCCCUAAACGACACGUCGUUUUCUCCUCACACUGCCAAAGAAGAACUCGACGAAGCAGCUCUGGACCUCUCUAUUUCAAAGCUGAACCAAUCUCUGAACCCUAACGGCAAUUCUAGGGUUAGGGUUUUGGACACAGUCCUAUCUCUAAUGUGCUUCAAAGCUCCCCAGGUUUUCGAUUCGGGCAUUGAUUAUUUAGUGAAGACAAUUGUCACCGUUUUGUUGUCUUCCAUUCGUUGCAAGGUCCUUCGAUCUCCGAAAGAUGAGAUUUUGCUGAUUGGAAGCUCGAUUUCUCACCGGGAUUGUGGGCAUUUGAUCGAAGCGGCUGCUGAUAUUCUUGAGAAAUUGGAGGGACAUGGUAAGCUUUCGGAUUCUUUACUGUGUGCCAUUGUAAGAGUUGUGAGUUCAGCAUCAUUGUACCGGCAGCUGUCAAGACCCGUUCUUGAUGUAAAAUCAGUGGAUGCAAGAAAGACCUUGACUUCAAAGCUUCUCUGUCACUUUCCCAGAGAAAAAUCCCUUGACAACAAUAAAAUACCAUUCAGAUUGCUGUUGUGGUAUCUUGACCCACUAAUUUUGAAGCGCGAUGUUUCAAACAUUUUGCAAGAAACCAUAGACAGGCCAUUUCUUUGUUUGAGUAAGGAAUUUCGUGAAAGUAAUGAUUGGCUCUCUGUUAUCACAUCCUUGGUACUUUCUCCCAUUAUGUUUGUUGAGGCCAGAGCUUUGCUGCACCGAUGGUUUUUGGUCACAAUCCAGUUUUGCAUCAGGGGUCUGGCUUCUGUGCUUGAGCUUCUAAUUCAAUUGGUUGCAGUGAUAUUAGAUGUGGUUUCAAGACCAAUGUUCUGGGACAUAUCACUGGAAGUGGGAGCAAAGUUGCCAUUUUCUAAUGCUUAUUUCCCAUACAACCAACGCUUGCUAAGGAUCUUGACUGGACCCCUCUCCCACGAGGGUCUCCUACAAUUAGUGCAUGAGACAAAUGAGCCAGUGCCUUGUGCCCAGAAACAACUUUGUCCAACUUUUAAGCCAUCUGCAGUAAAGGUUUCAACAAUCGAUGACAAAUCUCUCUGGUCCCUGGCCAUCAACUUCCCAGACUGGUUCUACUUUGCUUCUGCAUUGCUCUUCUCGGAGAAAACUUCUCAUGACAGUUGUCAUCCAGAAUGCAUGUUGGGGGCAUCCAAAGUUGGAAAAUCACACUACGAAGAACUACCUUCUAUUUCUGCAGCAAGGUACAUUGCCUGGAUUUUGAGUCCUGUUAGUAAAUCUCACCAGGAUUCGCUGGCUGAUUGUUUGAUUAAAACAUCAGAGUCUUGGGCUUUUAAGCAAUUUGGCUCAGGUUCCCAUGAGAAAGAAACAUACGGCUACAAGAAAAAACUCAAGAAACAGAAAUUCUGUGAAGAGGACUAUAGUUCCACAACGGAGUAUGAUUAUCAAGCAGUUGCAGUCUGGCUCAGCGGGUUCAGUAAUAUGUACACAAGGAAUUGCAAUGAAACUGUUAACAGUUCAACAUCAUGUGAAACAAAACGACCCUGUGGUCUUAGUCUGCAGCAAAAUGUCCUGUUCCGGAGAAUCCCACUAGGCAUGUUGCUUGGUUGCCCUCAUUAUACCAAUGAAGAUGGAUGUGAAUUGCUGCUGCAUUAUGCCACAACUAGUAGAAUUUUUCAGUUGAGGGAAACUAACGCUACUGGAUUGAAGCAUGUAAAAUGGAACUCCAAAGGGCAUAGGAACUUAGUUACAUGGAGUGAUGAAUGUAAUGAAAGGGAAGCUACAGCAGGUGCCUGUCUUGUCUUCAGUUUAACUGAUAUUAUAGAAAGUAUGUCUGCUUCACUGUUUGAGACUGAAGAAGCUGGCGUAGACUUUCUCUGCCAGGUGAAAAUGCGGAUCAGCAAAUACUUGAUAAAAUGCAUCAAGAGGUUAAUCCAACUCAAAAUUGAUGACGGAAAUUGGGUUGUAAUGGAUUUCUGCCGUAAAUUGGAGAAGUGGAGGCAUCAGGGACAAGAAGUAUUAGAGCUCCACAAAGAUUUAGAUGAUGUCAUUCAUGUAUUGAGUCAGAGAACAUGCUCUGUUUCAUCAAUGUGA